AUAAAGCGAAUCGGCCUGUGUAGCGCAGGUAAAUAGCUAGAAGAGAGAUUUUAUAUCGUUCACUCUAUGACCGCUCAAAGACCCUUCGAUAGUGCAUCGAUAACAUUUAACUCAUGUUUUCUUAAUUAGCAGAUGAAUAGAAAGGACAACGAAUAUAGACAAGUUUUUGAGGGUAAAGCAUUGGUAAAUCAAUUAAUUUACUUGGGACAGAGUAGAUUUUCGGAGAGAAAAUUUGCAAUUAAAUUUGCUCAGAAACUCUUAAAGGAUGGACACUUGGAGUCUGUAGUUGGAUCGACUCUUUUCGAAGAUUCUUUACAUUUAUAUAGAUUCAAAGCGGACGUUGUUCGAGAAGUACGAAAGGUUAAAACUAACUACUCGAAUCGAAUACCAAAGAAGAAACUGCUUCAAAUUAUGGAAAUAUAUGAUCAAACGAAAUCUUUACCGAAUACCCCAGCUGGAGAAGAAAAAUUAGAGUCAAAAUUGAGCUAUUCUCAAGAAGAUAUUUUCAAUACUUGCAAAUACGACGGUGUUGAAAUGCCAUCUAUUGAUAUUGAAGAUUUCCGUACUACUGAUUUACAGAAAUUAGUUAACGAUAACAAUGGAUAUUCGGAUAAUGAAAAGUUUUUAUUGGAUAAAUUGAUAAGAAUUAAUAAAGAUCAUCAUACAAUACUACAGAAUUAUGAAAAACAAAUUGAGGAUUUAACUGAACGGAUUAAUCAAUUACAAAAAGAAUUAGGAAUAAAUAAUGAUAAUAAUAAUAAUAUUGAUAAUAAUGACAAUAAUAAGACUGCUUCCGAGCAAAAGCCUAUUCCCAAAGCACCGCCACCUCCUCCUCCCGCCCCACCUCUUAUAAAGGAAUCGAUUAAGCCAACUAAACAACCCGUUAAGCCAAAUUUGAAGAUGAGAUCGCUCUAUUGGGAAAGGAUUAUCAUUGAUAGGAGAAACUAUUUAAAUAGAACAUUUUGGCACGAAGCAGUUGAACCUAAUUUUCCGAUUUCUGAUUUUGAACAAUUGUUCGGUUCUAAAAAUGAACCAAAAAAAUUAAUUCAAAAGAAAACAGUAAAGAGUAGACAACCAAGAAUUAAGAUUUUAAGUAACGAUAAAUCAAGAGAAAUUGCAAUUAAGAUGAAGACUUUGCACGCAAAUUCGCAAGAUAUUCAAGAAGCAAUUUAUAAUAUGGAUUUUACUAAAAUUGAUAUGGAAUGCAUAAACGACCUAUUUCGUCUUUACUUGAAAGCAUGCGAAGAAGGUGACCUAGCGAGGAUUUCAGAACAUCUCGAACAAAAUCCAGAAACUCCUUUAGACGAACCUGAAAUAUUUCUAUUAGAGCUAUCCAAGUUAAAUGACUGUCCCGAUAGGCUUAAUUGUAUCAUGCUUAAGAAGGAGGUUGGUGAGAAAAUCUUCGAUAUUGAUCAACAACUCGACAGCCUGGAAACUGCUAUAAAUGAAUUGAAAAGAAACGAUUGUCUUGGCGAAAUUCUACAAUAUACGCUAGCAUUAGGAAAUUAUAUGAAUGGAACUACUCAGAGGGGUCAAGCCGAUGGCUUUGAUCUUCAUAUUUUAACCAAAUUAACCGAUGUGAAAUCUUUUGAUAAACAAACUAAUCUUCUUCAAUUCAUAUGCCAUUUGAUAUGUAAAAACGAAGAGGGAACGGGAACCAGCCGGGCCAUUUAUAGACUACCAAAGCAUGAAACAAUGCAACAAGCAUCAAAGCUUUCUCCUUCAGCAAUAAAAACUGAACUGGAUUGUCUUAACUGUAAAAUUCGACAAAACAUAAUAAAAGUAAGGGAAAUUGUUGAAAAUUCAAAUAGAACGGAACCUUUUCAAACAGUAAUGGAAAUAUUUUUUGAUAAUGCUCAAAAUAUGAUUGAACACCAAAUGGAAAGGGUUGGUCAAGUUUCUGAAGCCUAUCAACAAUAUCUUAUCUAUCUUGGGGCGGAGAAUAGCGAAAGAUACAGUACGUUCUAACAAUAUUUAGAAACAAAUAGAUAUUCUAAUGUAUACAGUAUAUUGUAUAUCUUGUAUAUAUCUAUGUAUUAAUUUUAAUUAAAAACAGCAAAUGUAUAGUAAAUAUAACUAUUUUUAGAAUCCACAGAGUCUUUUUUCAAUAUAUGGGAGAGAUUUUUUAUAUCCUUCCAUUCUUGUUGGCAAAAAGAGCAAAAACUCGCUGCUAGAUUGAAAUUUGAGGCAAUGGAGGAGAAGAGGAGGCAAAGAGUCAAACAACAUCGCAGACAAUCGAUAACUACUGAUUCAAAUAUUGGUUUAAAGAGUCGAAUGCAAGAGAGAAGAAGAAAUCAAAAGGAAAAACAGUUAUCUUAUUUUACGAGGAGUCAAUCGGUUUGUAACUUAUUGGGGGAUGUAGGACCAAACAUUUUUCCGAGUUCUUCCACUGAAUCUACAUAUAACGAAGAAGAGAACGAAGUAAAACUAGAGAAUAUAACUAGAUCUCGUAGAAGAUUUUCCGUAGAUGUUUCUAAUGGAACUGAGAUUAGACUAAAGAAUUCUGCCAUUGAUAUUCCAAAAGAAGAUGAAACAAUUACCGAACAAAGAAAACCUCUUUACAAUAAUCUUUUGACAAGUCAAAAGUGUUCAGAUGAUAGUAAUAAUAAUAAUCAUUGCAAAAAUAAUCCCAUUAAUAGCCAUUGUUCUAAUAAAUCAAUGGAAAUGAAAGAGGUCAAAAUGGAAUCUCGAUCUAGAUUUAGGAGAAGAUUUCAAGAUGAUUUCAACAGCUCUGAUCAUUUUAUUCAAAAGAGAAAUUUUAGACAGCAAUUGUUAGAAAAGAAAAAAGAUAAAGAAUCAUCCUGAAGGCAUUCAGAAAAGAUGGAAACAAGUCAAAAAGCUAGGAGGUAAGAUAAACAGGAAGAGAGGAAAAUUAGAAAAAAGAAAGAGAGAUAGAGAUCCCGAGAGAAAUAUAGAGUGAACGAAAGAAAUAAGCCUUACAAUUUAGUGUAAUAGUAAUACUUUCAUUCCUAAAUUAUUUAUUGUUAUUUGAAUACAAACUACAAUUGUAUAAGGACAGCUAAUUUUUCAAUUAAAACAAUAAACAACACUCUCUCUCUACCUUGAGAAAAUAC